AUGGGAAAACUUGUGGAACACCUAGUAUCUGGCUUCGCCCUUGCCAGCCUUGGUUUCUGGCAUGCCUUCAACACAGUCAGAGCCUGCUAUGCAAAUGACUCUUCUAAAUUUACAGCAAGGUUUUGGUACCCAUUUAGGAGUCCAAUUUGCAAACUUAAAAAUCUGGAGCUCAUACUUGUCUUGUCUUUCUCCAUCUUGGCAAUUUUCAUGCAAAUCUUGGACUUUCCUCCUCUACACCUUUCUUUCAAACAUGAGAAUUUUGAGCAUGCAACUAUGUUCCUUCACCUUGCCAUUUUUUCUGGUUUCAAUCUUCUUGCAGAGCUAAGUCAUUUGCCUGAGACCCUAUCUGGCGUCUCCGGCAUACUUGCAGCCUCUGUUUUUGCUCAAGAGCUUUUCUUGCUCCAUUACCACUCAACUGAUCACAUUGGACUUGAGGGUCAUUACCAUGGGCUUUUGCAGCUCAUAGUAUUGGUGUCACUGUUCGCUGCAUUGGUUGUAACUUCUUGUCCUUCUAGUUUCCCUGCAGCACUAGUUCUUUCGGUUUCAGUCAUAUUACAAGGAUGCUGGUUCAUCGUUAUGGGAUUCAUGUUGUGGGUUCCUAAGUUCAUUCCACAAGGAUGUGUGGCGCAGUUAAGUGAUGCCAGCAGCAGCAUCAUGCAAGGAGCGGUCGUCUGUGAGACUCAAGAAGCUAGUUUCAGGGCAAGAGCACUGGCUAACUUGCAGCUCAGUUGGAUGCUUUCUGCAGUUUUGAUCUUUGUCACGGGGAUUUUGCUUGGAUUUUCCAGAGCUUUUGCACCUAGAGGACCAUCAACUGACUAUAAGCAAUUACAAACUAGAGCCACGGAUAUACCCUUACCAAUUACGGAAUUCAAGCAAACUUGGCCACGAGAAGUGAGAACUUGACUGACUACUCAAGUCUGGCAAAUUAGUUGCCAAUUAAAGGGCCUUCGAUGAACUUGGGAGUCCAUGUAGUGUUUGGAUUCCGAGGAAUGAUGUAUAUAAGAAUAAGUGAUUUUGGAGCGUUAAGCUAUCGUUUGCCCUCGAUGUAUUCCUGUCAAGACUGGUUUCAGUAUACUGAUGGA